CAAAGGUAGUAGAUACCUGCGUCCAAUACACGGUGGUAAUGUCUAUGUGGCUGAAUGAUGGCGAAGUGUUGGUGGGUCAAGGCAGCGGUGAGGCCGUCCCAGUGAGCCCCAGACCACGGGUCCUGUCUGCUGGGAGCCCCAGGUCGGGCCGCGGACGUAGCCCGCUGGCUUCCCCCAAAGAGGCAGUGCCAGGAAGCCCGCAAGCAGAAACCAUGGGCAAGGCCAAGCAGCUGUUCGUGUUGUGUGACAAAGAGGGGAAAGGGUUCAUCACAAAGCGGGACAUGCAGAGGCUACAAGGGGAGUUGCCACUGUCCCCCGAACAGCUCGAGACAGUGUUUGAAAGUCUGGACCGAGAGAGCAAUGGAUUUCUUACCCCCAUUGAGUUCAACACAGGACUUGGUGAGUUGAUGGGACUGGAGGACAUGACUGAGCUGAGCCAAGACAAAGCAGAGGAGGAUGCAGACCAGGUGGACUGGUCCCAGGACGCCGCUGCAGUCAGAUUUGUAGAUAUACUGAUUGAGUUGGGAGGCGACAAACUUUUCAAAGAUCAGCAGGAGCUUUGUUCUCUGUGGUGUGAACUCCAGAGAGACAGACCAGAGCUGCUGAGUGUCCUGGAGGGUGUCCUGAGCCACGCUGUGUCCCAUUUACAGGACUCCAUCCGAGAGAGAGACAGUCUGGAACAAGCCUUACGCAGACGGGAGACCGAACACGAUCAGGUUAUUCGGUCCAUAUAUGAAGACAUGGAAAAUCAACUCAGAGAGGAGAAACAGAAACACCGGGCUCAGGACAGUAUUAAACAGAAGCAAAGAGGGCAGCGACUCGAGGAGGAGCUGAAGACACGAGAGCAAGAGCUGGAGAGUACACUGACCAAACAGAAAGAGCUGGAGACCAGAAUCCGGCAGCUGAGCUGUGAGCAGGCAAACAUCAAGGAGCAGAACCAGCAGCUGCGGAGCCUCAACAUCCAGUUACAGGAGCAGGUGGAGAGCAGCAGAGAGCAGCUGCAGGCCGCGCUCGGUCAGCUCAGCCUGCUGCAGCUCAACGCUGCCCAGGAGCAAGUGGCCAAGCAGAGAAAUGUGAUGAAGGUGUCAAGGAACAUUCAGAAAGAGAAGGAUAGCCUCUUCAGACAACUGGAGCUGUUGAGGGAUAUGAACAAAACGCUGCGAGAUGAGAAAGAUGCCCGACAGUCUCAGAGGAGGAAUCCAAAUGUCACAAAGACUUUGCAGAAGAGAGGGUCAGUCAUAGGUAACUACUUACUGCAAGACAAGCCACUGAAAAGACAGCUGAGCUCAUCUGAUGAGUUGGAGCAGGACAAAGACAAAGUGGUGACAAAUACAGCCAAGAGAAUCCAACCGUCACGUAGAGUCAGGUGUGAAAAUGUUGAACAGGCUCAAACUCAGAGCAAAAUUGUCAGUCCUCAUCGAGUGUUCAAGGUGGUUUUCUUGGGGAACUCGGGUGUGGGUAAGAGCUCCUUCAUCCGGCACUACUGCACAGGACGCUUCUACAGUAACAUGAGUGCAACUGUUGGUCUAGAUUUCCACAUGAAGACUUUAACUCUGGGCUCCACCACAGUCACCUUGCAGCUUUGGGACACUGCAGGACAGGAGAGGUUUCGCAGCAUCACUGAGCAGUACUACCGGAAGGCUGACGGUAUCCUCGCCAUGUAUGAUGUAAUGCAACCCCCCUCCUUCACAGCAGUGAGAGGAUGGAUGGACUCUGUGAAGAAGAAGAUGUGUGACGGUGCAGUGUUAAUGCUGCUGGGGAACAAGCUGGACCUGGCUGACAGAUGGAGCAGAAAAGUGACGAUAGAAAACGGGCAGAGUCUGGCAGAGCAGCACCAGGCUUUGUUUUACGAGUGCAGCGCCAAGACCGGAUAUAACAUGGAGGAGCUGAUGACUGACCUGGCUGGGAUGUUGGUUGCUCAGCACGAUCGACAGUACGUAGAUGCACUUUUACUGAGCGAGGACACGUCAAAAAGAGGCUGCUGUACAUAAACAGAAGAGGAGUGGCUCCUGAAAAGACUCUGCUAAAAAUCCUAAGGUGUCCACACCUUGUUUCAGUGGCUUUACAUUUCCCUCCAGUGCCAUUUUUCUGUGAAUAAGUUUUACUAAACAUUAUCUGUAAGAUUUGCACAUGUUGUUAUGUGUUCUUAGAAUCCAUCUAAUAAAGGAUGUUUUUGAUGA